GAACGCCUCGUUAGACUCUGCCUGGGGGGCCGUGGGUUAGGGAUGGGUGCUUAAAGUUCCCUUCGGCGCUGCAAGUUCCCUUCGGGAAAAACAAGCAGGCUGUGGCCGGAGCAGCAGAGCGGGGAAGCGGGAGCGGCGCGGAGCGCUCCGGCCGUCGGAGGCUGUGGGCGGGCGGGAGCGGCCACUUCACCCGGGGAAGCGGCGGCAGGAGGAGAGGACACCCCCCGAGAAUGCACCUGGGAGAGACAGCCGUGUAGUGCCUGAAGAUGGAAUUUCGCAUUGAACACACGUGGGAUGGUUUGCCUGUGAGCCACGAGCCGGUCACAAUUGGGCUGAGGCCGGAUAGUGCAGGGCUGCUGAUGGAAGUUCGUGCUCCUUUCUUCAAUGACCCCCCAGCACCUCCCGGGGAGCCAGGGAAACCUUUUGGUGGACUCUGGGACUAUGAGGUUGUAGAAGCAUUCUUUCUGAGUGACAGAACUGAGCAGUAUUUGGAAGUUGAGCUUUGCCCCCAUGGGCAGUACUUACUGCUGCUGCUUUCUGGCAGAAGAAAAGCAUGGAAAGAAGAACUUCCUCUGGAGUUUGAGGUGACCAGAAGGAAAACCAAAUGGGAGGGUAAAACUCUUCUUCCUUGGAGUUAUUUUCCACCAUGCACUGACAAGUUCAAUGCAUUUGCAAUUCAUGGCUCAGGAGAAGAGAGAAAAUAUGAAGCACUUUUUCCUGUGCCUCCACACCAGCUGCAGGAGGGACAGGAACCAGAUUUUCAUCGUUUGGAGUUUUUCAAAGACUUGAACCUGAAAGAACUAACAGGAGAAGACUGGAAGCAGCCUGAAUCAGAUAUAUGGAAAUCUCUCACUAAAUGAAUGGAUUGAGGCAUAAAUUUUUAUGAUGUUGAAGCUGGCUGGAGCUGUGUGGAAACAACUUCCUCAUUGUAGGUACCAGAUUAGCAAGGCUUUCCUUGGCACCAAAAUCAUGGAUCAGUCUGAAAAUCAACGGCAAAGCAUGUGGAUCUGUUGAUUCUAAUUGUAUGAAUAGCUUGGAGUUUUUAAUCUGUGCAAGAGAUGCAUCUGAGUGCAGGAAGAAAAAUGUGCUGAAAUUGCAGCUGUGCUUUUGUGAGAGCUCUGAAGUCUGUCCAGGCCAACACCUGGAUUGAAUUUUUUUGGUUUACUGUAGUUGCUGCAUUUCUGCUGUAUCUUCACUGCUGCUUGUUUGUUUGUUGACUGCUGAAGGAGAUCCUUAUGUGCCUAGAUUUUUUGCUUACAAUCAGGAGGAAGAAUGUAGCUAUCAUGGAUUUUGGAGGCUCAGUACUUGCCCUGCCAGAGGUGUAACACUGCCCUUUCUUGUAUGUUCCUGUGCCUGAAGUUUUCCCUUGCUUAAUGCCAAAGGGAGAACUUAUUCAGUCCCACAGACCUCUCUGUGGAGUCCCUAAUGGUGUUCAGGAGCAGAGGAAAGAUUUACAAAAGGUUUUCUGUAUUUCAGGUGAAGUUUCUGGGACAAAUCAUGCUCAGUAAAAUCUUUUGGUAUUGUUGUGUGUGUGCCAAUGUGGGGGUUUUUUUCUAAGACUUGUCAUAUCACUUCAAGAAUUCAUCUCAGAUGUCUGAGGAUUUUUUUUUUUUUUGCAUGCUUCUGAGGGCAGGAGAUACUCUAGGUGUAUAUUUUCUGUGUAUGGGCAUGAGUCAUUUUAACAAUGGUGAAUAUUCCUAGGUGGCAACAUCUAAUCUAUAAACCCUCACAAGAUUUACAAAUCAUAUAUUACUUUUUUUUGUCUAGCAUAGUAAUUGCUGCUUGAUUGUGGCUGCUGAUUUAAUCUUAUAUAAAUUAGCUUUAAAAAUGUGAAGCUUGCCCUCUACUUAGAUCCUUGCCAGUAUGCAGUAAUAAAGACAUUUUGAUGGUCCUUUUUUCUUUGCUGUCUUACAGCAAGAGUGAAGCUGUAAGUUCUGCCUGAGAAGCAAGGAAGGUGGGAAUAUCUCACCUUUGUGAAGAACAUCUCAGUGUGGUUAAUAUCUGAGAUAGCAUGUUAGUUCACAGUUUUUGUUUAGCUUUAGAUUCCUUCUUUGUACUUUCAGUUUCAUAGAACUGUGCCUUCAAAUUUGAAGAUAUUAGGUUUUUUUUUUCCCCCUGUGGCAGACUAUGGCACGUCAGUGCACUCAGCCUUCCAGUUGCUUUUGCUCUGUUUCAAUUAGACAGUAUGGGUUUCUUGCUGUAAAGUGCCAUCUGUUGAAAAUUGUAAGUAUUGUACCUUCAGUUGUUUGGCUUCUUUUCUACCUUCUAUCCAUGUACAGUUUUCUAAAAUACUGAAUAAUUGUCUGAAUUAUUGAAUAAUUCAAUAGAUAGUGAUUAAAGUAUCAUCUAGACAUUGAUGCCUCAAAGCUGCUUUAAAAAUUUUAGUCAAAACCAAAAUGCCAUUUUGCAAAACUUUUAGACUUUGUUUUAAAAAUUUUGUCAAAAAACUGUGUGCAGAGAUUCAGAAUGGGUGUACUGCUUUUCUCACAGACAUUUUCAUCUGAGGAAUGAUACUUUGUAUGUAAAGGACAGUAAAUAAAAUUUUUUAUUUA